AUGGCUAUGGGCUGCCUGCUGGUGCUGAUGAUUAUGGCGCUGACCAGGGCAGGAGCGGUUCCUGGCCCCAAGCCCCUCGGGGUCCUCCCGGAUGCAAGGGGCUGCCACUUGGCCCAGUUCCAGUCUCUGUCCCCGCAAGAGCUGCAGGCCUUCAGGAGGGCCAAGGACACCUUUGAAGAGUCGCUCUCCCUGAAGACCCGGAGCUGCCGCCCCCGCCUCUUCCCCAGGACCUGGGACCUGCAGCAGCUGCAGGUGUGGGAGCGCCCCGUGGCCUUGGAGGCUGAGGUGGCCUUGACCCUGAAGGUCCUGGAGACCAUGGCUGACAGGUCCCAGGGGGGCAUCCUGGACCAGCCCCUUCACACGCUGCGCCACAUCCACUCCGAGCUCCAGGCCUGUGUCGAGGCUCAGGCCCCAGCAGGGCCCCAGCCCCGAGGCCGCCUCCACCACCGGCUGCACCGGCUCCAAGAGGCCCCAAAGAAGGAGUCCCUCAGCUGCCUGGAAGCCGCUGUCAUGUUCAACCUCUUCCGCCUCCUCACCCGGGACCUGAAAUGUGUGGCCAGUGGAGACCUGUGUGUGUGA